AUGGCUACCAGAACUCAAUUUGAAAACUCAAACGAGGUUGGUGUUUUCUCCAAAUUAACAAAUACCUAUUGUUUAGUCACCGUUGGUGGUUCUGAAAAUUUCUAUUCCGCUUUUGAGGCAGAAUUAGGUGAUGCUAUCCCAUUAGUUCACUCCACUAUUGCAGGUACCCGUAUAAUUGGUAGAAUGACUGCUGGCAAUCGAAGAGGUUUGUUGGUCCCAACUCAAACAACAGAUCAGGAAUUACAACACUUAAGAAAUUCUUUACCGGACGCAGUUAAAAUCCAAAGAAUAGAGGAAAGGCUAUCUGCUUUGGGUAACGUUAUUUGUUGCAAUGACUACGUUGCUUUAGUUCAUCCAGAUAUUGAUAGAGAAACUGAAGAAUUAAUUUCCGAUGUUUUGGGCGUUGAAGUUUUUCGUCAAACUAUUUCAGGUAAUGUCUUGGUUGGAUCUUAUUGUGCUUUAAGUAAUCAAGGUGCUUUAGUUCAUCCACAAACCACUAUACAAGAUCAGGAAGAAUUGUCAUCUUUGCUACAGGUCCCGGUCGUUGCUGGUACUGUCAAUAGAGGUUCUGCUGUUGUUGGUGCUGGUAUGGUUGUUAAUGACUAUCUAGCUGUUACAGGUUUAGAUACCACUGCGCCAGAAUUGAGUGUUAUUGAGAGUAUUUUCCAUUUACAAGACGCCCAGCCAGAGUAUAUUUCUAAUAAUUUGCGUGAUACAUUGAUUGAAACUUACUCUUAG